AUGAAGAUCAAUUCAGGUGAGCAAAUGAUUGCAACAUUUUUUCGAAGAUACUGGAUUAUAAAAGAACUUGAGAAUAGGAGAUUUCAAUUCUACUUUGCAUUUCAGCUCAAUUGAGAAUCAACCAUGUUGAAGAUUGUUUGUACCGUUUUGUUGUUUGCAGCAUUUUGCUCGGCCGAUAUAGUCGAGCCAUCUGAAGGAGGUAAGUUAAAUGAGAAUUUGGUAACAGUACAGUGGCCACUGGAUAGAUUUCGAAAAGUUUGACAUAAUCGGUAGUGCAAUGAUUAGAGCAUAUCUACUUUUCACUUUGAAGAAGUUCGAUUUCUGAAAUUUUUAUAAUUAGAAUUUGGCUUCUGUCGAACAUGAGAACGAGUCCGCACACUUUGACUUUUUUCUAUAUAUACAUAACAUGUUACAAGACAACCUAUAUACGUGACUGGGAUGAGGAACAGGACUUUCGUCCCAAUUAUAAUACCUAACCCCUUAUAACUCGGUACUUUCUCGCUGUAUGAACAAACGAGGUCCUGACUUGACCUGAUUGUAAAUUUUACCCUAACUCCAACUGAGAAUAUAAUGGUUGUUCAUACACCGAAAGUCCCGGAAAGCUUCUAUAACUUUACCGCGAACAUUGUAGGUUUUCGCCAAAUUAAUACAACGUUAAGUAUAUUGAUAUCCAUAUAUAAAGUUAGUUUCGUUUCGUAUAGUUUUCGUCCUUCAAUGAUACGGAAAAAAUAGGGGACGAUUCUUGCAGCUAGACCACUAGCAGUAUAACCGAACUAUAUUCAUUAAGGAUAAAGUUAGUUAUAAUCGUUCAUAACUAAUACAUUAAAAUUUUUCCUCAUAUUUUAUAGAGUUCAAUGGCGAGCUUUUUGAAGGUGAUCUCAUUCUUCCACCAAGCUUAUCCAGAGCUGGGAGAAAGGCUAACCGAUGGCCUGGUGGAAUAUUUUACUACAGAUUGACAAGUGGAAUAAGUACAUCUGACCUUAAUAUACAUAUUGAUACUUAUAGUAUUUCUGGUUUUAUUGUGGUAUUAGUAGUAUAUGAGAGGAGUGCAUGUAGCUUGACUCUACCAGACACCCCAAGUGCAUGGUACUCGGCAAAUUGGCUUGGUGGAAGUCUUCUCAACUAUAAAACUCCAUGUUAACUUCUAAAACUGCAUUAAAUUCACACAACGGAUAAUGAACGACAAGUUUUCCUUAUGAUUAUGUAAUUGAGGGAGUCAUCGCGUUGCCGUCCUCAGUACAUGCUAAAGCUAGCCCCAAUAGUAGUAGCUCUAUUUAGUCAUUUAAACUAGUAGUUUUUCUUAAACUAGUUAAGCUUGUCUUAUAUAUUUUUUCCGUAGCCUCCCAGUCAAAAGCAGUAACCGCUAUCCGCGCCGCCAUGCAAGAAUGGGAAGCCAAGACCUGUAUUCAAUUCAGGGAACGAACUAAUGAGCCUGCAUUCGUGGAAUUUGUCACUGGAAGAGGAGGGUAGGUUGCUCAAACUUAUUAGCUUACUUUAAAAUACUUGUGCUUUAAUAGUUUACAGUCAGAACUCGACAACUGAGCUUUGUUGCUUCGUUGGUUAGGAUGCUGCACCGAAUUGCAGGGCCGCAUGGCAGUUCGAUUCUUGCCAGAGGACCUAUAGUUGGAAUUUUCGCAACUGUUCCUAUGGUUAGAUACUUAGAUAUAAUAAAUGUCUACUAAAAAAUUACACUCAAAAUCUUCAUCUACGAAUCGCUUCAACAACGAGUUCUAUAAAGCAGUGCUUCCACCCUAUCAAGUGGAAUGGCCAAAAUCCUGAUAUUCAGUACUUCUCCAUUUGCUUGGCAGCAUGUAGUAUUAACGGCUUAUUGACCGAACGUGAGGUCUGUACUGUGAAAUAUCAGACCGAGGUUUUUUAGUAUGGACCCAGCGACGAAGGAGCGAGGUCCAUGCAAAAAACAGAGGUCUGAUAUUUCACAGUGCAGACCGAACAAGCGAGGUCAAUAAUCGGUUUAUUAUAUGGCUGAACUGAGUCUGUGAGCGUAUGCUUUUCGCGCGAAUUAAGUGGGCUAUCGUCAGUUUCACUGGGUAACAAUAUACGGUAGGGAUGCAUGCUUAAUCAAAAACAAUUUGGUUGUUUGAAAUUUUUAUAUGUAAAUUUGAAUGACACACAAUUGGAAAAUUAAAAAGCAAAAAAUUUUUCUGUUUGCAAAGCAAAAAUUUUCCGCCAGAUAAACGACAUCUGGGACACCGGUCCAGAUACGGAAAAUUAAAUACGGACUACGGUCCGGAAUGGGUUUUUACGGACCGUUUGUCAACCAAUCAGAAUAGAGAAUUUUGAAAGCCAUAUAAUAAUUCUGUGUAUAUUCUUAUCAUUAGAUGUUGGUCAAAUGGUGUAGGAAGAAAUGGUAAUAAAAUGCAGACAAUCAACUUGGAUCCUGGCUGCUGGGGGAAAGGAACAGUGGUGCACGAGAUCGGUCAGUUAAUAUAAUGUACCCAUGGGCGUACGAGAGGGAAAAGAUUAAGGGGGCAGAAACAAAUUUACCCAACCUUUUUUUCCCAUUAUGCCCGACUUAUCAAAAAAAAAUUCCGUGUUGUCGACGGGGGGGGGGGGGGGGGGGGGGGGGAUUUCUCGCAUUUUCAUCAUAAUCAUCAUCAUCGAGUCUUAUCCCAUAUGCUUUUUUUAGGUCAUGCUUUGGGUUUCUGGCAUGAGCAAUCGAGACCCGACAGGGAUGCUUACAUCAAUAUUCAUUGGGAAAAUAUUAAAAAAG